UGAACGUCAAUUCACGGCUAACCCUGAUGAUUUAUAUUUGAGAGCAGAGAAACUGUGGAAUGAGAGAAACUUUGUAGAUGCUGAAAGCAGUUUGCAUCAAUUGCUGCGGGUCUACCAAAGAGCAGAACAUGAACCGUUCAAGAAAGCAAAUGCGCUUGCUAUGUUGGGUUCAUGUCUAUAUUACCAACAUAAAGUGAAUGACGCCGUAAAGUUUACGGAACAAUGUUUGUCUAUUGUACGAGAUAUUACACCUCAACAUGAGAAGUUUCUGUCUGAUGUUGCAACAUUUUCACAAUCACAAAUGAGGACGGACAUUACCAUUUUGUGUGCAAAGCUAAGGUGAGUGGGAGGCAGCGUGUGUCUUGUAAACGGACGUGUUGGGAUAACUGGUGUUUGUAUGAGUGACAUCCUGCUGUAAUAUUGUUGGAUAUUGAACAGCCGUCCAUCAACAGAUACAAGUCAUACUUUGUCAGAAAUGAAUGUAGAACAAUGAGAGUAGCAUAGCUGGUUGUGACAAGAGUUUUCUAUGUAUAGGGAAAUAUUAAUGCAGAAGAGAGUAAAGAAAAGUAGAAAUGUGAGUAGUGCAGCUAGAUUUUUAUUAUGAUUUAUGUGCACUAUGUCUAGUGUGUAGUGUGUGUUGAGAGGUGAAGAUGUUGGGGUGUGUGACAGACUGUGAAGAGAGACUACGACUACAAGAGAUGACGUGACUGACUGUUGUGUUGUUGUGUCUCUAACUUAGUGUUACGCAAUAUGGGAGUGUAUCUAUACGAUGAGGGCAAGUAUGUAAGAGCAACAGAACAUCUAAGAGAGUCACUCAACAUCAAGCGUAGAUUGUCUUCUGUGGACAAAGUCAUCAUGGCACGAACUUAUGCUUAUUUGUCACGUUGCCUUCUCUCUCAAUGUCUAACAAAAGAAGCAGAAGAUGUGAUGAGAGAAGGUUAUGUUUUAGCAAUCAGAACGGAUAACAAUGGUGUGAAAGCAGAAGCUGCUACUGUAUUGGCUUAUGCAAUUCAUCUAAAUGAAGGAACAGAAGAGGAAGUGAAAAAAUUGUUACAACAGGCUAAUGGAUGGAUUCAAAUGGUGGUAGAAAGACGAAACAAGGCAGAAGUGUUGAGUGUAAUGGGAGAAGUAUUGGUGAUAAGAGGUGACUACAAGCGUGCCAAUAGGAUACUGCAGAAUGCAGCAACAAUGCAAAGACACUUUUUACCAACCAACCAUUGGGAGACUGCUAUAACUCUUUGUCGUAUGGCAGAGUGUCAAGUUAAACAAGACCAACAAAUGGCUGCUUUGCCAUUGUUCCAUGAGUCAUCAGAAAUGAUGAGUAAAUCAAUAGGUGUGGAACACCCAAUAAGAGGAAGAAGUUUAUUUGGUGUUGCUAAAGUCCUUUUGAGACAACAGAAGUGGCAAGAAGCAGAAACCAUCCUAAAGGAAAGUGUCAAUAUUUUGCAUCCCACAACAAGUGCAGCAAUUCGAGAUCUGAACUAUUGCUUACGAAUGCUAAAGAAAGAUCAAGAAGCAGUUGACAUUUUGCAACAGCAUCAACGAGUUGUUUCUUAUGAUCAAGGCAAGCAUCAAGCAAGUGCAUUUCAAGUCGAUGAUUUACAAAGAGAGUUGGAGCAACUCAGAGAAAGCAAUCGAGCCAUUCAAGCAGAGAAAUGUGCCAUUCAAGCAGAGAAAUAUGCUUUACAGCAGCAAUUGGCUGAUCAGGAGGCUGUACCUUGUGCCAUCACUUAUGAGCAUGAACGUCAAGUGGGAGAAGUAAGGAGAUUGCUGCAGCUCAUGCAGGAACGUGAUGAAAACAACAAACGACUACAGAACCAACUCCGCAGAAUGACAUAUCAGUUGGAUAACAAGGAGAGACGGCUACAACAACAGGGAGGAGAAAUUGAUGUUUUAAGGCAGGAGGUGCAAGAGGAGCACACGACUAAUGAACUUCUGGCAAGAGACUUGCAACGAAGUGAAAGAGCAAUGCAGGAACUGGAGAGACUUCAACAUCAAUAUGACAGGCUUGUACAGAUCCAUGAUGACAGUUUACACAUGACUGGAUUAAAGUUGGGAACAGGAGGUUAUGGAGAGGUUGGUGUUGGCAUGUGGAGUGGUGUAGGAGUUGCUGUCAAGACAUUUCAUGAAGAACCGGUUAGAGUAGAUGAACUCAACAUUUCAUUCAUUCGACGUGAAGUGUCGGUGUCCAGUCAUGUCCAUCACCCCAAUGUCGUAUCCAUCUGUGGAGCUAUCAUUGAGAAUGAAGUUCCUCUUCGUAUCGUCAUGGAGCUUUUGGAAGGAUCACUGAAAGAUGUGAUCAAAGCUGCUUUGAGAAGCAGAUAUCUGUCCAUGAGGGAACAAGUGGAUAUAGCUGUGGGAUGUCUGUGUGGUGUGAUGUAUCUUCACCAGCUGCAGCCUGCUCUUCUUCAUGGAGACAUUCGCUCUACCAACAUUCUCAUCAGCAAGACCAUGCAAGCCAAAAUCGGUGAUCUGGGCUCUUGUCGCUUCUCUAACGAGUCACUUUCUGUUGGUCCUCUCAGUCCACAAUACAUUGCACCAGAACGAGUUGUGGAAGGUCGUGCAGUGACCCCAUACAACACAACACACGCCGACAUGUACAGCUUGGGAGUCACGUUUGUCGAGUUAUUCACAGGAGUAGGUGCAGAGAGGAAAUUACGUGAGAGGCAGUUUCGAGCUGUUCCUUAUGUUCCACUGCAGGACAUUUGCUAUGCUAUGGCAGAAGAGAAUUCACAUGAUCGCAUUUCUGCAGCAGCAGCUCUCAUGCAAGUGAAUGCAGUGAAGCAGAAUGUUGAGUACACUUUAUGUCCUCCCAAAAGGAUGGUGAGAGGCAAGAAACGCAAAGAAGACAAAGUGACACUCGUAGAGAUGCCGUGGAUGUGACUUAGGAGCAGAUAAUUGUGAUGUAUUUGUUUGUCUGUUUGUCUCAAUUCAUCGAACUUUGCUGCUUGUUAUAAAUGCAAUAGAUGAUGUUGCAUGUGUGUAGCCUGCUGUGCAAUAUGAGUUGACAUUAACUUUUUGAUAGUCUAGCAGUCAGUCUCACAGGUUUUUACAGUUUGUGUUGAUGUGAACUACAGUAAAACGUUUGACUCUAGAUGAAGAGCUUUAUAGCCAUUUAAAUGUUGUUUGUCAGUUGUGUAUGUCAAUGCUGCAGCUAAAUGUCAGCCUAUUGUAAUAUUAAAAAUGAUAGAACUUGCCUAU